AUGAUCCUCUCGCUUGGGAGACCGGCGCUUUACGGCAGGGCGUUUGAACGGCGGCGGGGGAAAAGUUGCGGCCGCAGGUACCGGGAUCGGCGGCCGCGGCCGGCGGGAGGCUGGCGAGGUGGCUGCGGCGCCGCCCGGGCAUCCCCCGACCCGUCGCGGGCUGCGUUCCCCCCGGCUUUUCGUCGGCGGAUAACGGGGCAUCGCCGCCGGCCGGGGCGGGACGAUGGGGCUGGAGUCUCGGGCGUCGGGGGGUGUGCCGGUGGGCGCCGGUCCCCGAGGCGGUGGAGGGGAAACCUCGCUGUCGGCGUGUGCUGCGGCGGAGUGCCGCUCGUCCCGUAUCGCCGCGUUGGGGGACUGGCCCGUAUCCUGCCUCCCGGCCCGGGUGGGCCGCCCCGGUUCCAGGUGCCUCCUGCCCCGCUGCCGUGCGGCCUGCUCAGCUCGAACCCAGCGGCAGCCGCCUCCAGGUCUAAUCAAGAAACAAACAGCUGGAUGAGAGUGAUGCUGUUCCAACGAUGGGAAAUCUGUCACUCUUGAGGUUUCCUGAGUCAUACUUCCUGCUUUUAUGAAGAGGAGGUCUAAAAUUUUAUGCCCUAAAAAACAAGAAAGGAUCAAUUUCACACAGAUAAUUCAUAAACAACCUCGUUUGAGCAUAAUAAAAAUAUUUAAUGUGUUGAAAGCUAAAGCCUUGCCAUCAAACACUUGUACUGUUUAUUUACUCUUGCUUUCCACUUCAGGCAAUAAAAUAAUUUAGUAAAUUUC